AUGUCGUCAUCAUCAUCAUCAGAGCAUCAGUUUAGCCUGUUUGAGCCCAUCCGUACACCCACAGGAUACACUUGGCUCCAACGCAACACUUCCCUGAUGUCGCAGCCCACCGAGAAGCGUGGGCGGCGCCGACAGGCGGCGGCGGAGCCAGGGCGGUUCUUGGGUGUCCGGCGGCGGCCUUGGGGCCGAUACGCCGCCGAAAUCCGAGACCCACUCACCAAGGAGAGGCAUUGGCUUGGAACCUUCGAUACUGCCCAAGAAGCCGCCUUGGCCUAUGAUAGGGCUGCCCUUUCCAUGAAGGGCACCCAAACAAGAACCAACUUUAUCUACUCUCACGACUUCACCACCACCACAAAAACCUUAUUAUUCCCUAAUAAUUCUCCUCUUCCCCUGCAAAACCCUAAUUUCCAGGACUCGCCAGUUGACAAACAACCUCAUCAAAAUUCUCCGUCCUUAAAUGAUGGUGAAAACCCUUUCUUUUUCUCUGAUAAGGAAGAGAAUUCUGGGUACUUGGAUUGUGUAGUGCCGCAUAGCUGCUUGAACCCUCCUUCCCGAGAAACCAACGGGGACAAGAAUGUUUUUAUUCCGACAGAGAAAGAGAAGGGAAACGACAGCGGUCAAACGGCGGCGGCGGCGUUACGCGGAAACCCGUCGUGCUAUGAUGGGAUUAUUGGGGAGAGAUUGUGGUGGGAAUUGGAAGGGGAGGAGCCAUGGGAGCUGGAGGCGAUGAUCGCCGCCACUAAUAAGCGCACUAUAGUGGAGGUGGGGAAUGCAUGCAUGGGGAGUUCAUCGUCGCCGUCGUCGAGCUUUGAUGGAAUGGGUGGAGGAGAUUCAUCGUCGUCGCCAAGAUUCUCGUUUCUUCUGCCUGAUAAUGUGGCUGAUUUUGGCUACUCUAAUCUUUUCUAA